GUUGGCCCCCCACACCCACCCCAACCCCCACCGCAGCCUCCUGGGCACCGGCAACUACGACGUCAACGUCAUCAUGGCCGCCCUGCAGGGCUUGGGGCUGGUGGCCCUUUGGUGGGACAAACGUCGGUCUCUGGAGCAGGUGGUGUUGGGGCAGGUCUUGGGGUUCAUCCUGAACGUCCCCUCAGGGGUGACCUUGGGGACCUUCACGUUGCCCCUUCGGCGUCAGCACUGGGUGGCCGUGAGGGAACUCCAGGGGACCUUCUACAACCUGGACUCCAAGCUCCGGGAGCCCGUGGCCAUCGGGGGGGAGGCAGAGCUCAGGACCUUCCUGCAGGAUUUCCUGGCCCGGGGGCUCUGCGAGGUCUUCCUGGUGGUGCCUCAGGCCGUGGAGGAGGCAGGGACCUGGUUGAGGCCCCAGUGA